GUCCGGUGGGGAACCUGGCCGCCACUACUGGCGCUCAAAUUUCCCGGGCGAGGAGCGCGGCGCCUGCCGGGAGGGCUCCUGGACGGUUACCCACCUGGCCGGCCGCAGCGGUGGCGGGUCCUGAGGGCAGAGGUCCCGCGUGGGCUUCGACAUGCAGAGUACAGACCUGGGCAACAAGGACAGCGGAAAGAUAUGGCACCGCAAGCCAACCCCAGCCACUCGGGACGGGUAUAGGCCGCGACGCGAGUGCGCGGGCUGUGUAGCGGGAUGGAGGCCGGCGAGGGGCGGAAUUAUUGUGAACAUAAUUCACAGCACUUCUGAUUAUCUUCCAAAAGUUUUGCGAUUUUUAAAUGUGGCAUUUGAUAGCUCAGGUGAUCGUUUAAUGGCUGGGGACCAUCAAGGAAAUAUCUAUGUUUUUGACUUGUGUGGAAACAGGUUUAAUCUUGUUCAGCGAGCAGCACAAGCUUGCACAGCCCUGGCCUUUAAUCUUCGUAGGAAGUCGGAAUUCCUUGUGGCAUUAGCUGAUUAUUCUAUUAAGUGUUUUGAUACAGUCACCAAGGAGCUAGUUAGCUGGAUGAGAGGACAUGAAUCUUCAGUAUUUUCUAUCUCUGUGCAUGCAUCAGGAAGAUACGCUAUCACUACUUCUUCUGAUACAGCACAACUUUGGGACUUGGAUACCUUUCAGAGAAAAAGAAAGCUGAACAUUCGCCAGUCUGUGGAUAUACAAAAGGUUUUCUUUCUGCCAUUAAGUAAUACCAUCCUCAGCUGUUUUAAAGAUAAUUCCAUCUUUGCCUGGGAGUGUGAUACUCUCUUUUGCAAGUAUCAAUUGCCAGCUCCACCUGAAAGUUCUAGUAUGUUAUACAAAGUGUUUGCAGUGACCAGAGAUGGUCGAAUCCUGGCUGCAGGAGGCAAAUCAAAUCAUCUUCAUUUGUGGUGUUUGGAAGCUAAACAGCUAUUUAGAAUUAUCCAGAUGCCGACUAAAGUUCGAGCCAUUCGCCAUCUAGAAUUUCUUCCAGAUAGUUUUGAUGCUGGUUCUAAUCAGGUUCUUGGAGUGCUCAGUCAAGAUGGUAUUAUGAGAUUUGUCAAUAUACAGACUUGUAAACUUCUCUUUGAAAUUGGAGGACUCGAUGAGGGAAUUAGCUCAUCAGUAAUUAGUCCACAUGGACGGUACAUUGCAUCUAUUAUGGAGAAUGGAAGUCUGAACAUAUAUUCAGUCCAGGCUUUAACCCGAGAAAUAAACAAGCCACCUCCUCCUUUAGUGAAAGUGAUUGAAGACUUGCCUAAGAGUAAACUGAGUUCCAGUAAUCUGAAGGUGAAAGUAAUGUCAGGAAGGGUACAGCGGCCAGCAAAAUUAAGGGAGAGCAAAACACAAACUAGAAUAUUAAAACAAGACCUGACUGAUAAUUUUGAAAAUAAAGAGAAUGAGUUAUCAGAUGGAUUAAACAAAAAGCGUCUACAAAUCUUACUGAAAGGCUAUGGUGAAUAUCCAACAAAAUAUAGAAUGUUCAUUUGGCGCUCUCUACUACAACUGCCUGAAAAUCAUACUGCAUUUAGUAGCUUGAUAGAUAAGGGUAUUCAUGUGGCAUUUGUCAAUCUUCAGGAGAAAUACCCCAUCAAAAGUAGAAAACUGCUCAGAGUAUUACAGAGCCCAUCGAAGUUCUCCAAUUUGAAAGACCUUUUUGACUACAUUGGGCCCACUUGGAUAAUCCAGGAUAAUCACCCCAUCUCAAGGACCUUAUCUUCACUAGCUCACUGGUCUGCCAUCUUUAGUGACACCCCGUAUCUUCCACUCUUGGCAUUUCCUUUUGUAAAAUUAUUCCAGAACAACCAACUCAUCUGUUUUGAAGUUGUUGCUACUCUCGUAAUUAAUUGGUGUCAACACUGGUUUGAGUAUUUCCCUAAUCCUCCUAUCAAUAUUCUUACGAUGAUAGAAAAUGUUUUGGCAUUUCAUGACAAGCAACUGCUGCAGCACUUCAUGAAUCAUGAUAUAACUUCCCAGUUAUAUGCAUGGCCUCUUCUUGAAACUGUGUUCUCAGAAGUGCUGACAAGAGAGGAGUGGCUAAAAUUAUUUGAUAAUGUCUUUUCCAAUCAUCCUUCAUUCCUACUGAUGACUGUUGUGGCUUACAACACAUGUUCUAGAGCACCUUUGCUCAACUGUAACCUUAAAGCUGAUUUCGAGUAUUUUUUUCACCAUCGGAAUAACCUGGAUAUAAAUGUUGUAAUUAGAGAAGUUUAUCAUCUCAUGGAUACCACACCUACUGAUAUCCAUCCAGAGGGCAUGCUUGGUGUUUUUGUUGCACUGACAAAAGGACAGUAUCCAGUAUUUAAUCAAUACCCAAAGUUUAUUGUGGACUAUCAGACACAAGAACGAGAAAGAAUAAGGAAGGAUGAAUUGGAUUACUUAAGAGAAAGGCAGACCGUUGAAGAUAUGCAAGCUGAAGUAGACCAGCAAAAAGUUGAAGAUGACGCUUGGUACCAAAAACAAGAGCUCCUUCGUAAAGCAGAAGAAACAAGGAGAGAAAUGCUCUUACAAGAAGAAGAAAAGAUAGUCCAACAAAGACAAAGACUAGCUGCUAUGAAAAGAGAGCUGAAAAGAAAGGAAAUGCACUUACAAGACGCUGCAAGAAGGCGUUUUCUGAAGCAUCAGCAAAAUCAACGUGAAAUGGAACUAAGAAGACUGGAUGAUGAGAUUGAAAGAAAGGUUUACAUGAGAGAUCAAGAAAUUGCUACCACAGCCAAAGACCUAGAAAUGAGACAGCUAGAACUUGAAUCACAAAAAAGACAUUAUGAGAAGCAAUAUUCUAGAAAUCAAGAAGCUGCUACAAAAGAAAUAAGAGAAGAUGCAGAUGCCUAUAGACAAAAAGUGAAUCUUGAAGAACACAUGUUUCAUAAACUGAUAGAAACGGAUCAAUCUCAGAGCCUAAAAACUCAGAAGUUAAUUGAAGAAAAUUUGGCAAAUGCUGAACAAGCAUGCAUAGAUGCUGACUGGCGAAUUCAAGCUUUACAUAAACAAAGAUGUGAUGAUCAACAACGGAAUGAAUGUUACCAGGAAGUAGCCAAACUCCUUCGGGAAAACAGAAGGAAAGAAGUAGAGGUUUUAAAUGCAAUGAUGAGGGCAGAAGCUAAAAAGUGGGGAGAAGCUGAAGAAAAGAAGUUUCAUUUGACAUCAGAAAAGAGAGCUUCUACUCUUUCAGAUGCAUCUAGAAAGGGGUUUCUAGAGCAGGAAUUAAGUGAUGCUUUUGAACAUGCUAAAAAUCCCCUUAAGCAAGAAGCACCCAGGCUCCAGCAUGAACAUGUUUCCUCAAGCUGUUUGACUGGAACCUCACAAUUAAGUGACGUUUCCAAAAUGGAUUCCUCAUCACAGGGCUCUCAGUUGGUCUGGGCCGGGCUCUCUCCACCAGCCACUGGAAACGUGUGUUGCCUGGUUGCUCCGAUGGCCGGGACAGCUCUCCCCAGAACUGCUGACGGCAAGUGGCUUCAUGCUGAGGAGUUUCUUUAAAUAGAAGAAAAUUAGAAUGGGACACCACAGGACAAGAUCUUAUGGAGAAAGUGAGAAAUCUUCGCCAGAGGCUCACUGCCCAGGCUCGUAACAGAUGUCAAACCCCUCAUCUCUUGGCUACGUAGGA